UGGUUACCAGGGUGAAAGCUAGUGUAUACAGAAAUGUUUCCAGCGCAUAGUGAAUCUUUCGGAUUUGAGAUUAUUUUCAGUAAUUAAUGUAAACUGAAAACUAUCCGUAGUCAUUUGCUUUUUAUCAACUCUUAAUGAGACAAAUUAUUGCGGAGGCCUGUUGUUGAUAUUUUACAGUCGUAUCAGAUAUGCAGCUAAAACACCUAAAGACACUUCUAACUCCUCAAGAUGGUGCAGCUAAAGUGACUUGCAUGGCAUGGGCACCAAACAAUGGGAAGUUUGCAGUCUGCACUGUGGAUAGAGUCGUCUUGCUUUAUGACGAGCAAGGGGAGAGGAGAGACAAGUUUUCUACCAAACCUGCUGAUUCAAAGUAUGGAAAGAAAAGCUACGCUGUCAAGUCCAUGGCAUUUUCCCCCGAUUCCACCAAAAUUGCCAUAGGUCAAACAGAUAACAUCAUUUAUGUUUACAAAAUUGGCGAAGAAUGGGGUGAAAAAAAGGUCAUCUGCAAUAAAUUUGUUCAGACAAGUGCCGUGACUUGUCUUCUUUGGCCUGCAGAACAUGCCAUUAUUUUUGGUUUAGCUGAAGGAAAGGUCCGUCUUGCCAAUACUAAAACCAACAAGUCAUCCACAGUUUAUGGGACAGAUUCCUAUGCGGUUUCCUUAACAACAAAUGUGUCCGGAAAAGGAAUCCUUUCUGGCCACGCAGAUGGGACAGUGGUGCGCUAUUUCUUUGACGAUGAAGGAUCAGGUGAAUCCCAAGGCAAACUGUUGACACACUCCUGCCCACCAUAUGCCUUGGCGUGGGGUGCAAACAGCAUUCUGGUUGCUGGGUGUGAUAAGAAGAUUGUGGCCUAUGGAAAGGAGGGCAGUGUGAUCCAGACCUUUGACUAUAGCCGGGACCACUCUGAGAAGGAGUUCACUGUGGCAGCCACCAGUCCUAGUGGCCAGUCUGUGGUCAUUGGCAGCUAUGACAGACUCCGAGUUUUUAACUGGAGUCCUCGGAGAAGUGCCUGGGAGGAAGCCAGUCCCAAAGAAAUUCCUAAUCUGUACACUGUCACAGCUUUAGCCUGGAAGAGGGAUGGGUCACGCCUUUGUGCCGGUACAUUAUGUGGAGGAGUAGAACAGUUUGAUUGCUGCCUUCGGAGAAGCAUAUAUAAGAACAAAUUUGAAAUGACUUAUGUAGGACUGAGUCAGGUGAUAGUGAAGAACCUAUCCACUGGAACCCGUGUGGUGCUGAAGUCACACUAUGGUUAUGAGGUUGAUGAAGUUAAGAUCAUGGGAAAGGAUAGGUAUCUAGUGGCUCACACCUCGGACACUUUGCUUCUAGGAGAUCUGGGCUCUAACAAGUUAAGUGAGGUAAGAAAUGCCUGUCUUGAAUAUACCAUAUGGAAGAAAGUUGUACACGACAUUGGUUGCAUUGAAUUUUUCCACACAGAAGUAACCUCUGUGAAAUUCAUAGUCAUUGUUCGACUGAAUGAGAGAAAACAGAGGGGCAUAGAAGACAACAAAAAGCUAGCUUACUUAAUUGAUAUCAAGACCAUUGCAAUUGUUGAUCUUAUAGGUGGCUUUAACAUAGGAACCAUCAGUCAUGACACCAAAAUUGACUGGCUGGAAUUGAAUGAGACUGGACACCAAUUGCUGUUCAGGGACAAAAAAUUACAGUUGCAGUUAUAUGAUAUCGAAAAUAGUGUCAAGACCACAGUGUUGAGUUUUUGCUCUUAUGUCCAAUGGGUGCCUGGCAGCGAUGUGAUUGUUGCUCAGAAUAGAGGCAAUCUCUGUGUGUGGUAUAACAUUGACAGUCCAGAGAGGGUCACUAUGUUCCCUCUCAAGGGUGACAUAAUAGAUCUGGAGAGAAGCAAUGGUAAAACAGAGGUCAUUGUGACUGAAGGUGUGAACACUGUGUCAUAUACUCUGGAUGAGGGACUCAUUGAGUUUGGCACAGCCAUUGAUGAUGGAGACUUUUACAGGGCUUCUGCUUUCCUGGAGACCCUUGAAAUGUCAACAGAAACUGAGGCCAUGUGGAAAACUCUGAGCAAACUCUCGCUGGAAGCCAAACAGCUGCACAUUGCAGAAAGGUGUUUCGCUGCCCUGGGAGAUGUAUCAAAAGCUCGAUUUUUGAAUGAGACUAACAAACUUGCAGACCGAAUUGCGAAAGAAUAUGGUGGUGAUGGCACGGAGUAUUACCAAGUGAAGGCCCGCCUGGCAAUGCUUGAAAAAAAUUACAAACUAGCCGAAAUGUAUUAUUUGGAACAGAAUGCCAUUGAUGAAGUGAUGGAAAUGUAUCAGGAGCUGCACAUGUGGGAUGACUGCAUUGCUGUAGCAGAAGCCAAGGGCCACCCUGAGCUGGACAACCUAAGACGAAGUUACUACCAAUGGCUGAUGGAAACUAAUCAGGAUGAAAAGGCCGGUGAGGUGAAGGAAGGCGAGGGAGACUAUUCUAGUGCCAUUAACCUGUACCUGAAAGCAGGUCUCCCUGCUAAGGCCGCCCGCUUGGCAAUGAGCCAGGAUGAGCUCAUUGCCAAUAGUGAUGUCGUCAACAGGAUUGCUUCUGCCUUGAUCAAAGGGGAGUUCUACGAACGGGCUGGAGAUCUGUUUGAAAAAAUCAGAAACUACCAGCGAGCCCUUGACUGUUACCGCAAGGGGUUCGCCUUCAGAAAAGCUGUGGAACUGGCUCGAUUUGCUUUUCCUGCUGAUGUUGUGAAGCUAGAAGAGGCAUGGGGAGAUUACUUGGUCCAGCAGAAGCAAAUGGAUGCUGCUAUUAACCAUUACAUUGAAGCUGGUUGCUCAUCAAAGGCAAUUGAAGCAGCAAUAGGGGCACGUCAAUGGAAAAAAGCAGUCAAUAUUUUGGAACUGCAGGAUGACAAGUCAUCAAUGAAGUACUAUUUGAAGAUAGCUCAGCACUAUUCCUCCAUUCAGGAGUAUGAGGUGGCUGAGCGCUUCUACAUUAAAGGCGGGCAUAUUAAAGAUGCUAUUGAUAUGUACACUCAAGCUGGACAAUGGGAACAAGCUCAUAAGCUGGCAGUGAAGUGUAUGACGCAAGAGGACGUCUCUGCUCUGUAUAUCAGCAGGGCUCAAGAGCUGGAAAAACAGGGAAAAUACAAAGAUGCUGAGAGGCUUUUUGCGACUGUGGAUGAACCAGAUUUAGCCAUAACAAUGUACAAGAAAAAUAAAAUGUAUGAUGAUAUGAUCCGUUUGGUUGCAAAACAUCACAGAGACCUGCUAACAGAGACGCAUCUGCAUCUGGCUAAGGAAUUGGAAGGAGAAUCCAGGUUUCAGGAAGCUGAAUAUCACUUCUUGGAGGCCAAGGAAUGGAAGGCAGCAGUGAACAUGUACAGAGUCAAUGACAUGUGGGAUGAAGCUUACAGGGUGGCGAAAGCCCAUGGGGGAGCAAAUGCCCACAAGCAGGUGGCUUACCUGUGGGCGAAGAGCCUAGGAGGAGAGGCUGCUGUGAAACUGCUGAAUAAGUUUGGGCUGCUGGACACCGCCAUUGACUUUGCAGCUGACAACUGUUCAUUUGACUUUGCAUUUGAAUUGGCACGACUCUCAAUGAAGCACAAGAUCCCAGAUAUCCACCUGAAGAAUGCUAUGUUCCUCGAGGAUGAAGGGAGAUUUACAGAGGCUGAGACAGAAUUUAUAAAAGCUGGAAAACCAAAAGAAGCUGUAUUAAUGUAUGUCCACAACCAGGACUGGAAUAGUGCUCAGAGGGUGGCUGAAGCUCAUGACCCAGACAGUGUGGGAGAUGUGCUGGUGGGACAGGCCAAAUUCGCCUUUGAUCAAAAGGAAUACCAGAAAGCAGAGGCCUUCCUUCUCAGAGCACAGAGACCAGAGAUAGCCAUCAAGUACUACAAAGAUGCGGAGAUGUGGAGUGAUGCUAUGCGGAUUUGCAAAGAGUAUGUUCCAAAUAAACUAGAACUCCUACAAGAGGAAUAUGAGAAGGAGGCUGUGAAGAAAGGAUCCAGGGGCGUUGAAGGAAUGGUGGAGCAAGCCCGUGAGUGGGAGCAGUCAGGGGAGUACGCCAGGGCAGUGGAGUGCUAUCUAAAAGUCAAAGACACCAACAACACACCUCUCUUAGAGAAAUGCUGGAUGAAGGCUGCUGAGCUGGCGAUUAAGUUCCUCACUCAGGAAAAGGCAAUGGAUGUGAUUCAUAUGGUUGGGCCACGACUUGUUCAGAUACGCAAGUACAGUGCGGCUGCCGAGCUUUACCUUAACAUAGACCUCAUUAAGGAAGCUAUAGAUGCAUUUAUUGAAGGAGAAGAAUGGAACAAAGCCAAGAGAGUAGCCAAGGAACUUGACCCGAGGUAUGAGGACUACGUGGAUCAAAAGUACAAAGAACAUUUAAAAAAUCAAGGGAAAGUGGACUCACUUGUUGGAGUAGAUGUCAUGGCAGCUCUUGAUAUGUAUGCUGAAAGAGGCCAAUGGGAAAAAUGCAUUCAAACAGCAUCUAAACAGAACUUCAAGGUCCUUCACAAGUAUGUUGCCCUGUAUGCCACACACCUAAUCAAAGAGGGGCACUCAGAGAAAGUUCUGAGCUUGUACGUUCAGCACGGGGCUCCAGCCAACCCUCAGAAUUUUAACAUCUACAAACGGAUGUUCUUGGACUUGUUGAACAUGGUGGGAACAGACAGUGCAGAAGCAUAUCGCAUGUGGGCAGAUCUGAGAGACAUGAUGUUCAUUCUGUGUGAGAAUAUGGUGAAAUCUGCUGAAGCCAACUCCCCUGCCCAUGAAGAGUUUGAGCAGAUGCUACUGAUUGCACACUACUAUGCCACCCGCUCAGCAGCAAAAGGAGUAGACCAGCUGAACACAGUGGCUGCAAAGCUUUCCAUUUCUUUACUGCGGCACACCGAGCUUAUUCCAGCAGAUAAGGCCUUUUAUGAGGCAGGACUUGCUGCUAAGGAAGUCAACUGGGAGAAUAUGGCUUUCAUUUUUCUGAAUCGCUUUCUGGAUCUAAGUGAUGGAAUUGAUGAAGGCAAUCUGGAUGCUCUUGAUCACACAGAUUUUCAGGACACUGAUAUUCCUUUUGAGGUCCCCCUGCCUGAAAAACAGCAUGUUACCGAGGACAAGCGAGAGGAGAUCCGAGACUGGGUGCUGACUGUUUCCAUGGACCAGCGAGUGGAACAGGUUCUACCAAAAGAUGAGAGAGACACAUAUGAGGCCUCUCUGAUAGCUGUGAACACUGGCAUUCACUCUCUCCCCUGUCUAAUUACUGGCUAUCCAGUACUCAGAAAUAAAAUUGAGUUCAAAAGACCUGGAAAGGCAGCAAACAAAGAUUACUGGAAUAAAUUCCUUAUGGCUACAAAGACAACUCACAGUCCCGAGUGCCAGGAUGUUCUGAAGUUCAUCAGUCAGUGGUGUGGAGGACUCCCUGCUGCUGGCUUCUCAUUUCACUGAGUCUCUAACAAAGCUGGGGCACUUGACAAGCCUUCUCUGCACUGCCCCCUCUUGUACCAAUUUAUAAUAAAAACUCUUUAAGAGAACAUCUCUUUCAAGUCACAAUCUCACUACUAAGGAACCUAUAAAAAGAGGAAGACUUUCAGACAGGAGGGUUGGGGGGGGGAGAGUUUCUUCCUGGAUUUGUAAUCUUUUGCUGUUUUGAAUAGUUCAUAAACUGGAGUUCAUGAAA